UCACCAAAGUUCUACUCUAUUACGUGCUGUAGGCUGGAGGGAGACUGUAAGAGCCGUCUGUCUGUUCGAGCAGAUAAUAAAACGAUAUUCGAGAGAGAAUAAGGACGAGAAGUGAUUAGACGCUCACAAAACAACACAUUACAAGAACAGAAAACAAUUGUAUCUGAUCUGAUACAGAAACAUCGUGACACAGACUAGAGACGUUCAGAACUGAGACCCAGAGAUCAACUUAACAAUUUUCCUUUUAUUUAAACUGAACGACAGACACAUGGAGACUUCUGCUGACCAAAGGCAGCGGGUUGCGGAGAACUUCAAAGCUUUCCUGCUGAAAAACAGAACACAAACAACCUUCAACCUCUAUGACCAUCUGGUUCGCGUGCUCACCAAAGUGAUGGACAAGCGUCCCGAGAACGCCAUGGAUGUGAUUGAAGAUCUGAGCCACGAGGUAAAGCUCAGCAUGGUGCUGGAUAAGCAGAGCAUGCUGAGGGAUGCUCCGUCCACAACCUCCUCUGAGCUGCUGGCUGAGAAACAGAGUGCGCUGUUUAAACAAGAGGACGAGGGAGAACCCAACGAGGCGCAAAUGGAGGGACCCCUGCCCAAUAUCACUGAGCUGGCAUACUUCUUGCAGCAGAUUGGGGUUGGUCUGGGUUGGGUGGAGAUGCAGAGGAUUCUUCUGGCCCUGAAGCAGCUGGUGGAUGUGCAGCCCCUGUAUAGGUGUCGAUUCUGGGGCAAAAUCCUUGGUAUCGAAGGGAACUACCUGGUGGCUGAAACAUACUACAUGGGCGAUGAGGAAGAAGAGGAAGUGGAGGAAACGCAUGAGGAUAAGGGAGAGGCUGGAGAAGAGGAUGAGGUAAUCAAAGUCCCCAAGUCAAGCUACAAGCCACCCACCCCAGUCCCUAAGGAGCCUCGUCACUCCGGCACCAACAAGUUCACCUACUUUGUGUGCCGAGAGCCGGGCCUGCCCUGGGUCCGUCUUCCUGACGUCACCCCUGCUCAGAUCAUAGUCGCGCGACAAAUUCGCAAGCUCUUCACCGGGCGCCUGGACGCUCCCAUCGUGUGCUACCCACCCUUCCCUGGCAACGAGGCCAACUACCUGCGUGCCCAGAUCGCCCGCAUCUCGGCGAACACCCAGGUCAGUCCACUGGGGUUCUAUUUGUUCCGGGAAGAGGAGGCUGAAGACGAGGAGAAUGCAGCGCGAGACAGCAUCGAGGAGAACCCUGACUUUGAAGGUGUCAGCAUGCAGGAGAUGGUAGAGUCGCUGUCGACAUGGGUCCACCACAUUCCACACAUUCUCAAUCAGGGUCGUUGUGUGUGGGCCAAUCUGGCUGAAAAAACAGAGAAUCUUCUUGAAGAAGAUGCAGAGGAAGAGGAGAAGGAGGAAGAUCCCGAUGAGCCUGAGCCUGAGGUUGGACCACCGCUUCUCACACCACUGUCUGCGGACACAGAGGUUAAUAACACCCCUGCUUGGAGUACCAGGAUCUCCUCAGACCUAAUCUCCCAGUAUGCCAUUGCUUUUGUGCGCUCCAACCUGUGGCCUGGUGCCUAUGCAUAUGCGUCUGGCAACAAGAAGUUUGAGAACAUAUACAUCGGCUGGGGUCUGCAGUUCUUGGGCGAGGACUUUACCCCGGCCCUCCCCCCUCCCCCAGAGUCCGAGUACCCCAGUGGGCCUGAGCUCACAGAGGUACUGGACCCCAGUGUCCAGGAGGAGGAGGCUCUGAAAGAAGCACAAGAGGCGAGACAGGCCGCGCUGGAACAGAAUGAUGCAUUGGACGCCGAGGAAGAGGAGGAAGAGGAAUACUAAACGACAGUACUACACAGUAGACUGAAAUAUUUUAACAUAUGUGACAAUAAUAAAUUAGCUUUCUCAUUUCUUUGUUAUUAUACAGCUCUGUUGAAUGCUCGAUUCUGAUUGGCCAGAAGGUUGAUCACAUUUCUGUGUGUAUAUUAAUGCGCUCAUUCUAAUACAUUAUUAUUCCUACAAUAACAGAUAAUUUACAGGGAUGUGUAUAAACAAAUUGAUUUAAAAAGCAUGUAAUUAUUAAUAAAUAAAUGUUGAAAUAAAUUUUAACAAUCCAGCAAAAUGUUAGAUUAAAUGUUAGUUUAAAAGCAACAAGUCUGAUCGAUUUGUCCUUUCCAGUUCUUGGCCAUCUUGAACUUAUUCACAGCUCUCCUGUACAUGUCACAGGCUUCCUCUGCCUUGGAAGAGCUCCUAAAGAAUGGAAUUCAAAUACUAGUUAUAAAGCACUGCGGUACUGCGGUGCCUUGUGAAAGUGUUGAGUCAUGAUCAUACUUUAUUAACUUUGGUCGUAACACGUUUAUAACUCUAUUUUGGAGUCACAAUCCAACUCCUGAAGAACUUGCUGGAUAUUUCCACCACCUAUAGCAAAUCCAUGACUAUAAGUAGUGGGCGAGUCCAUAAUCACGCUACUUUUUGGCAAUUGUGUCUAAGAAAUUAAACUUUUCAACAUUGAA